GCCAACGGGAAGGAGCCGCGGCGGUACCGGAAGUGACGCUGUUGUUACCGGGCUCGGUACCGGGCCCGCGCCAUGGAGGCCUGGGUGCGCUUCAGCGCCCAGAGCCAGGCCCGGGAGCGCCUCCUCAGGGCCGCCCAGUACGCCUGUACCUUAGCCGGGGCCGCGCUGAGCCGCGCCGGGAACGGCUCCGGGGGCAGCUCCGGGACCCUGAGGCGCCUCCAGCAGCUGGAGGCUCACCUGAGCCUGGGCCGCAAGCUGCUGCGCCUGGGGGGCUCGGCUGAGGCGCUGGGGGGGGCGCAGCGCUCGCUGCACCUGCCCGACCCCGUGCUGCGCUUCUGCCUCACCCUGUCCCACCUGAACCGCGCGCUCUUCCUGGCCUGCGACAACGUCCUGUGGGCCGGGAAGAGCGGCGUCCUGCCCGGCCUGGCCGUGGAGAAGUGGAGCCAGAGGUCGUUCAGGUAUUACCUGUUUGCUCUGGUGGUGAACCUCAGCAGGGACGCCUACGAGAUCCGGCUGCUGCUGGAACGCGCCGAGGCAGCCAGGAAACGUGGCAAGAGCCCCCAGAACAGCCCCCAGCCCCAGGCUGAGGGCAGGAUCCAGCACCUCCGCCUCCAGCUGCAGCUCCAGCUGCAGCUCCUGCUGCAGGUGCUGCGGGAGAACCCCCCACUGCUGCUGGACCUGCUGAGGAACGCCUGCGACCUGGUGAUCCCUCUGGAAAAGCUGGGCUUGUGCAGGAGCAGCCCCGGAAUCGUGGGGUUCUGUGGGCUCACCUCCUCCGUGCUCUCCAUCAUCACCAUCCUCCACCCCUGGCUCAAGCUGAAGCCGUAGUUAUCCUGGGGAUGGUUGGGAAUUUUGGGGGGUUGUGGCACCUCUGGAGGUGAGUGGCUCGUGCCAUUCCAUCAUUCCUGACUCCACGAGCUUCCAGCAUUGGAUACAGCAUUGGAUCCCACAGUGGGAUUUUGGGACCUCAGCUCCCAAAAUGUGUUUUUUUCCCAUUGACUUUUCCAGCAAUUUUAGAGGUUCAACGUUCCCCCUUUCUCUCUGGGAAGCACUUUUCACAUGGAGCCAGCUAACAGGGAAUAUUUGGGGCUGGAAAAUGUGGAUUUGGGACUGGAAAAUGUGGAUCUGGGACUGGAAAAUGUGGAUCUGGGACUGGAAAAUGUGGAUUUCUUGGGUCUCACCUCUUCCCAUCAUCACCAUCCUCCACCCCUGGCUCAAGCUGAAGCCGUAGUUAUCCUGGGGAUGGUUGGGAAUUUUGGGGGGUUUAUCCCAAAACUGUGGUUGUGGCACCUCUGGAGGUGAGUGGCUCGUGCCAUUCCAUCAUUCCUGACUCCACGAGCUUCCAGCACUGGAUACAGCAUUGGAUCCCACAGUGGGAUUUUGGGACCUCAGCUCCCAAAAUGUGUUUUUUUUCCCAUUGACUUUUCCAGCAAUUUUAGAGGUUCAACAUUGCCCCUCUCUGUCUUGGAAGAGCCUUUCACGUGGAGCCAGCUAACAGGGAACAUUUGGGGCUGGAAAAUGUGGAUUUGGGGCUGGAAAAUGUGGAUUUGGGGCUGGAAAAUGUCGAUCUGGGACUGGAAAAUGUGGAUUUUUGGGGGCUUCUCAUGGUUUUUUUUGGGGGGGGGGGGUAAAGCCAUGGGGUCGGGAUGAUUCAAGCCCAAAUUGUUUGGGCAAUUUUCCUGCCCUGUAAGAAAUCUGAAUGCAGGGAGAGGGGAAUGUGUGUCAGGGAUAAAUCCAUGGCCACAAACCAGCUCUGAUGUCUGUUACUGAACCCUGGAUUCAGGGAUACACUGGGAGCUGGGAAUUAGGAAAUUCCAGAGGCAGAUUGUCCCUGGAAGAGCAGGAAUAGCCUCUUGAAGGUUUUUUGGGAGCUCCAAAUUAUUAAAUUCCAGAGGCAGAUUGUCCCUGGAAGAGCAGGAAUAGCCUCUUCAAGGUUUUUUGGGAACUGGGAAUUAUUAAAUUCCAGAGGCUCAUUGCCCUUGGAUCUGUCCUUGGGAGAGCAGGAGGAGGUUUGAAGGUUUUUUGGGAGCUGGGAAUUAUUAAAUUCCAGAGGCAGAUUGCCCUUGGAUCUGUCCCUGGGAGAGCAGGAAUAUCCUCUUGAAGGUUUUUUUUUGGGAACUCCAAAAUUCUGGGAAAUUAAAGGGUUUUUUGGGAGCUCCAAAUUAUUAAAUUCCAGAGGCAGAUUGUCCCUGGGAGAGCAAGAAUAUCCUCUUGAAGGAUUUUUGGGAGCUCCAGGCUGAAACGUCGCCCGCUCCUGGGCCCACCUGGGCUGUGCCAAAGGAUUUUUUUUCCUGGGCAAAGCAGGCUUUGGAAUUUCCAGUGGGAAUUGGGAUGGGUGGGAAGCACUCCAGGGGAUCCCACGGUGGCAGUGAGUGUAAUUAAUGAGUAAUUUAAUUAUUAAAGUG